AUGUCGGUGCUCGUCGAGACGUCCCUUGGGGAGCUAGUCAUAGACCUUCUGGUCGACGAGGCGCCAAAGUGCUGUGAAAACUUCCUGAAGCUAUGCAAAGUCAAGUAUUACAACUUCGCCCCCAUCUACGGCGUGCAGAAAGACUUCUCCUUCCAGACCGGCGACCCCAUCGGCCCCGGAUCCAAGGAUAGCGAUGGCGGAUCCUCCAUCUGGGGCCUGCUCAACGGGCCGUCCAGGAAGACGUUCAAGCCGGAAUUCCACAAGAGGCUGAGACAUGCCGAGCGAGGCACCGUGAGCAUGGCUACGGCUCCGGCGCCCAACGACCCUGAUGGACGCCUGGCGGGCAGUCAGUUCAUCGUGACGCUGGGAGACAACUUAGAUUUCCUGGAUGGGAAGGCGGCGAUCUUCGGCAAGGUCGUCGAGGGCUUCGACACGCUUGAGAGAAUCAACGGCGCCUUUGUAGACGACGAAGGACGUCCACUCAAGGACAUCCGCAUACGGCAUGCCCACGUUCUCGAAGACCCAUACCCCGACCCAGACGGCCUUGUCGAGCCACCCGAGAGUCCAGUUCCAUCCCAAGCACAGCUCGCGACUGUGCGAAUAGCAGACGACGAGGAGAUUGACGAGAAUGCCGACCCAGAAGAAGUCGAGAAGCGGCGGCGAGAGCGCGAAGCCCGCGCGCAAGCCCUAACUCUCGAAAUGGUCGGCGACCUCCCCUUCGCCGAGAUCGCCCCACCCGAAAACGUCCUCUUCGUCUGCCAACUCAACCCGGUAACCACCUCCGACGACCUCUCCCUAAUCUUCUCUCGCUUCGGUUCCAUCCUCUCCUGCGAAGUGAUCCGCGACCGGCGCACGGGCGACAGCCUCCAAUACGCGUUCAUCGAGUUCGCCGACCGCGCGAGCUGCGAGCAGGCGUACUUCAAGAUGGACGGCGUGCUGAUCGAUGACAAGCGCAUACGGGUUGAUUUCAGCCAGAGUGUGAGUCGGCUGCCGGAGAGCUGGAGGGAGAGUGGGAGUUUUAAGAGAUGGCAGGAACGAGGGAGGGGUGGGUUUGGGGGCAUUGAAGGGUUGGAGAAACGAAGGCAGUAUCGGAAUGAGGAUGCGCCCAGGGCGAGGGAGGGGCGGUAUGGCUAUGUCUUCGAUAAGGGGGAGUCGAGGAGGAGGGAUGAAGGGGGAAGAGGGGGGAGGGGCGGUGCGAGAGAGCGGAGUAGGAGUAGGAGUCCGAAGGGUGAGAAAAGGGAUCGUGACGGUAGAGGUGGAAGGCGCGAGGAUUAUCGGGAUGGAGGAAGGAGGCAAAGGAGUCGGAGUAGGGAAAGGCGGAGAAGUAGGAGUAGGGAGCGUGAUCAAGGCCGAGGUUAUCGUGGUCGACGGUAA